AUGGGAUUAGUACAAUCUAGUACCUCGAGAGCAGCAAAAUUUAGUGGGAGUGGCCACCAAAGAAGAAGUAUAAGAAAUGAAAGACAACCAGUUGUUAGAAGUUCUCGAAGAUAUAGAUCAUCAAGUACAUCAUGUAAUGUUAAUAGAAAUGCAAAAGAAUUUAGUCGUUUCUGGGCAUCUGGUGGGCAAUUGGCACCAAAAAUAAGAGGUAACUCAACAUCAUCCUCAAUUAAAUCAACACGUAGUAAAGAAGGAUGGAGAAGAAAAAGUCAAUGUUCUUCAGAAGCAAUAUUUACGAGAAAAAAUUCCCAAUAUUCUUAUAGUAGUUGUGAAAAUAAUAAUACAGAAUUAUUAAAUUCUAAAUUAAAACCCUGUGAAAAUAAAAAAAGAUAUUUUAAAAGUCAACAUAAUAAUCAAAAAUUAAGUUAUGAUAAUACUACACAUGGAGAACAAAAUGUGGAUAAGAAAAAAAAACAUGAGUUUAAAAAAAAUCCAUCUAUCUCUUUACCACAUGAUGAAGAAACAAUAAAUGUGCCUAUGAAUUUGUGUUAUAGAUUGGAUGAUCUUAAACUUUAA